UGGGCUGAUGGGCGCUGGGGGACGCAGGAUGCGGGGCGCGCCCGGGCGGCUGAUGCUGGCGCUUCUGCCGUGGUUACUGCUCCUGGCGCCCGAGACCCGGGGCGCGCCGGGCUGCCCGGUGCCUAUCCUCAGCUGCAAGUGCUCCGGGGAGCGGCCCAAAGGGCUAAGCAGCGGUGCCCCGAACCCAGCGCGCAGGAGGGUGGUGUGUGGCGGCGGGGACCUCCCGGAGCCUCCUGAACCUGGCCUUCUGCCUAACGGCACCGUUACCCUGCUCUUGAGCAACAACAAGAUUACGGGGCUCCGGAAUGCAUCUUUCUUGGGACUCUCCCUGCUGGAGAAGUUGGACCUGAAGAACAACCUCAUCAGCACGGUGGAGCCUGGUGCCUUUCUCGGUCUGGGGGAGCUGAAGCGCUUAGAUCUCUCCAACAACCGGAUUGGCUGCCUUACUUCCGAGACCUUCCAAGGCCUCCCCAAGCUUCUGAGACUAAACAUAUCCGGGAACAUCUUCUCCAGUCUGCCUCCUGGGGUCUUUGAUGAGCUGCCAGCUCUUAAGAUUGUGGACGUCGGCACCGAGUUCCUGACCUGUGAUUGUCGCCUGCGCUGGCUGCUGUCCUGGGCCCGGAAUCACUCUGUGCAGCUGUCGGAGCGCACGCUCUGCUCCUACCCCAGUGCCCUGCACGCGCAGGCUCUGGGUGUGCUCCUGGAGACCCAGCUCCGCUGUGAGGGGGCCCUGGAGCUGCACACACACCACCUGAUCCCUUCGCUGCGCCAAGUGGUGUUCCAGGGGGACCGGUUGCCUUUCCAGUGUUCUGCCAGCUACCUGGGCAAUGACACUCACAUCCACUGGUACCACAACCGGGCCCCCGUGGAGGGAGACGAGCAGGCAGGUGUUCUCCUGGGGGAGAGCCUCAUCCACGACUGCACCUUCAUCACCAGCGAGCUGACCCUGUCUCACAUCGGCGUGUGGGCCUCUGGUGAAUGGGAGUGCUCCGUGUCCACAGCCCAGGGCAACACCAGCAAGAAGGUGGAGAUUGUGGUGCUGGAGACCUCCGCCUCCUACUGCCCUGCAGAACGAGUCGCCAACAACCGCGGGGACUUCAGGUGGCCUCGAACUCUGGCUGGCAUCACAGCCUACCAGUCUUGCCUGCAGUACCCUUUUACUUCUGUGCCCCUAAGCGGGGGCGCUCCAGGUACCCGAGCCUCACGCCGGUGUGACCGUGCUGGCCGCUGGGAACCUGGAGACUACUCCCACUGUCUGUACACCAACGACAUCACCCGGGUCCUCUACACCUUCGUGCUGAUGCCCAUCAACGCCUCCAACGCUCUGACCCUGGCCCACCAGCUGCGGGUGUACACGGCCGAGGCUGCCAGCUUUUCAGACAUGAUGGACGUAGUCUAUGUGGCUCAGAUGAUCCGGAAAUUUUUAGGUUAUGUUGAUCAGAUCAAAGAGCUGGUGGAGGUGAUGGUGGAUAUGGCCAGCAACCUGAUGCUGGUGGACGAGCACCUGCUGUGGCUGGCCCAGCGCGAGGACAAGGCCUGCAGCAGCAUCGUGGCUGCCCUGGAGCGCAUCGGGGGGGCCGCCCUCAACCCCCACUCCCAGCACAUCUCUGUGAACACAAGGAACGUGGCACUGGAGGCCCACCUCAUUAAGCCGCAGGGCUACGUGGGUUUGACCUGCACAGCUUUCCAAAAGACGGAAGUGGGGGCAUCUGCGGUGCGCCCUGGUAGCCCUGGCCUGAACCCCCAGGCUGAGUCUGAGCCCCUGGUUGACCAGGAGCUCCGUUUCCACUGUACCACCGGCAGGCCCAACAUCUCCCUGUCAUCCUUCCACGUCAAGAACAGCGUGGCCUUGGCCUCCAUCCAGCUGCCCCCUAGUCUGUUCUCGUCCAUUCCGGCUGCCCUGGCUCCCCCAGUACCUCUAGACUGCACCCUGCAACUGCUCAUCUUCCGAAACGGCCGCCUGUUCCGCAGCCACAGCAACACCUCCCGCCCUGGAGCCGCUGGGCCUGGCAAGAGGCGCGGCGUGGCCACCCCUGUCAUCUUUGCAGGAACCAGUGGCUGUGGCGUGGGAAACCUGACGGAACCAGUGGCCAUUUCUCUGCGACACUGGGCUGAGGGGGCUGACCCGGUGGCAGCAUCAUGGAGUCAGGAGGGACCUGGGGGUCCCAGAGGCUGGAGCUCUGAGGGCUGCCAGCUCCGCUCCAGCCAGCCCAAUGUCAGCUACCUGUACUGCCAGCAGUUGGGCAACGUGGCUGUGCUCAUGGAGCUGAGUGCUUUUCCCCGAGAGGCUGGGGGCUCAGGGGCAGGGCUACAUCCCGUCGUGUACCCUUGCACAGCCCUGCUACUGCUCUGCCUCUUCUCCACCAUCAUCACAUACAUCCUCAACCACAGCUCCAUCCAUGUCUCCCGGAAAGGCUGGCACAUGCUGCUGAACAUCUGCUUCCACAUGGCCAUGACCUCUGCCGUCUUUGCGGGAGGCAUCACCCUCACUAACUACCAGGUGGCCUGCCAGGCGGUGGGCAUCACUCUGCACUACUCUUCACUCUCGACCCUGCUCUGGAUGGGUGUGAAGGCGCGGGUGCUUCACAAGGAACUCACCUGGAGGGCACCUCCUCCACAGGAAGGGGACUCUGCCCUACCUGCUCCCCGUCCCAUGCUCCGGUUCUACUUGAUUGCUGGAGGGAUCCCACUAAUUAUCUGUGGAAUCACGGCAGCUGUCAACAUCCACAACUAUCAGGACCACAGCACAUACUGCUGGCUGGAGUGGCGUCCAAGCCUAGGGGCCUUCUACAUCCCCGUUGCUUUGAUUCUUCUGGUCACCUGGAUCUACUUCUUGUGUGCAGGAUUGCGCUUAAGGGGUCCUCUGCCACAGCACCCAAAGGGGCAAAACAGCAGAGUUUCCCUGGAACCAGGGGAGGAGCUGAGGGGUCCCACCAGGCUUAGGAGCGGUGGCCCCCUCCUGAGUGACUCAGGUUCCCUGCUGGCUGCUGGGCGCUCUGGGGUGGCAACGCCAGGGCCCCUAGAGAAUGGUGAUGGCCUCUAUUCUCCGGGAGCCCAGCUGGGGGCGCUGGUGACCACGCAUUUCCUAUACCUAGCCAUGUGGGGCUGUGGAGCCCUGGCAGUGUCCCAGCGCUGGCUGCCCCGAGUGGUAUACAGCUGUCUAUACGGGGUGGCAGCCUCCGCCUUGGGCCUCUUUGUCUUCACCCACCACUGUGCCAGGCGCAGAGACGUUAGGGCCUCUUGGCGCCCCUGCUGUCCCCCUGCGUUGGCCUCGGCCUCUCAUGCCCCACCCCGUGCCCUGCCCACCACCCCAGAGGACGGGUCCCCAGUGUUUGGAGAGAGCCCGGCCUCCCUAAAAUCCUCCCCAAGUGGGAGCAGUGGCCACGCACUACCUUUGGGCCCCUGCAAGCUCACCAACCUGCAGCUGGCCCAGAAUCAGGUGUGCGAGGCAGGGGUGGCGGCCUGCGGGGAAGCUGAGCCAGAGCCCACAGGCUCUCGGGGAAGCCUCGCUCCACGCCACCCCAACAACCUGCCCCAUGGGCGCCGAGCGCACAAGAGUCGGGCCAAGGGGCAUCGUGCAGGGGAAGCCGGCGGCAAAAACCGGCUCAAAGCCCUGCGUGGGGGCGUGCCGACGAGCGCAGCAGCGGGGGCCCCCGAGCUGCUGAGCAGCGAAAGUGGCAGCUUGCACAACAGUCCAUCCGACAGCUACCCGGGCAGCAGUCGCAACAGCCCGGGCCCCGGGCGCCAACACGAGGGCGAGCCCAUGCUCACGCCGUCGGAGGGCAGUGACACGAGUGCAGCCCCGCUCCCCGAGGCGGGGCGGCCAGGCCAGCGUCGCAGCACCAGUCGUGACAACCUCAAGGGCAGCAGCGGGGGCGGGGCGCUCGAGGAGAGCAAACGCCGCUCCUACCCGCUAAACACGGCCAGUCUGAACGGCGCCCCCAAGGGGGGCAAGUACGACGACAUCAGUAUGACAGGCGCAGAGGCCACUGGCGGCAGUUGCAUGAAAACAGGCCUCUGGAAAAGCGAGACCACCGUCUAGGACCAGGGUGGAUGACACUUUAGAACAAACUGGCCCCGGGUUUCUUCCCCCGGCUUCUCCAGGACCCUCAAAGACGUCU